AUGAAUUAUGAGGAAAGAGUUGCGUUUCUGGGAAAUUGGGGCCCGUUUCAGAGACGACUGUUUAUUGUGCUAUGCUUGUGUUCUAUUCCUCCAGGAUUCACAAUUUUAUCAGUGAUCUUUUUACUGGCCACACCACCUCAUCAGUGCUACAUCCCAUCAAACUCCAAUCUUAGUCACGAAUGGAUUCAAGCCAUCAUUCCUGCACAGGAAGAGCAGAGGAGUUGCAGUCGCUAUGCUCUGGACAUAGUGAUGAAUGCUUCUCUUAAUGGCCUCAGACCCGGACAGGGCAACGCUACAGAGUCAGAGGUCAUGCUACAGACCCUCCCAUUGGAGGAGUGUGGUGAUGGAUGGAGCUUCAGCCAACAGUACUUCACUUCCACAGUGGUGACUGAGUUCAACCUAGUGUGUGGAGACCAGUGGAAGCAGCCUCUCUCCUCUCUCAUUUUCUUCCUAGGAGGAUUGUGUGGGUGCUUUGUGUGUGGACAGCUCUCCGACCGAGUGGGUCGGAAGCCAGUGCUGUUUAGCUCAUUGCUGCUGCUUGGUGUCUUUGGUGGUGGCUUGGCCCUAGCACCAUCAUGGCCUGUGUUUAUGGCCCUCUUCUUUAUGCUUGGUUUGGAGCAGGGUACCAUCUAUGUUGUUAUCUUUGUACUUGGAUCAGAGGUGCUGACUGGGAAGACGAGGGUGGUCUUCUCUGGCCUUGCUUUGCCUGUCUUCUUCGCCUUUGGCUCCAUGCUCCUACCUUGCACUGCAUAUGUGCUCACAAGCUGGAGACAUCUGACUUGGGCUAUUGCAGCCUCUAGUAUUGCCUGCCUACCAUUCGGGUGGGUGGUCCCAGAGUCUCCUCGCUGGCUGCUCUCUCUAGGGCACAAAGAGGACGCUGAAAGGAUCCUCCAGAUGGCCGCUUUAGAGACUCAGGUCGAAGCUCCUGCCAGUAUUUUCCCCCCAGAGGAGGCAUUUAGUAUGGAGUCAUGUACCUUCUUAGACCUGCUGAAAACCAGAAACAUCCGGCACAUCACUGUAAUACUCUGGAUCAGCUGGCUUUCUAUUUAUGUUAGCAACUACGGCCUGUCAUUCAGCGCAACUGGUUUGCGUGAGAGCCCUUUCUUGACCUACAUCCUUGUCUCGGCUAUUGAACUUCCUUCAUACCUGUUCAGCUUGCUUGCAGCGGCAUACUGUCGUCGCAGAAUGGCCUUCAUCAUAUUUGGUGCAGUGGCCAUCGUAGGUGUGCUCCCCAUCUUUCUCACCACAGAUAUUUGCCCGACUGUUACCCUGUGUCUUGUGCUGGUGUGUAAAUUUGGGGUCCUGGUUGUAAUCAGCUGCAUGUAUAUCCACACCGGAGAGCUGUUCCCCACAAUCAUCCGUAACACAGCUAUGUCCUCCUGUGCCAUGUUUGGGCGUCUGGGUGCAUGCUUAUCACCGUACCUCCAGCACCUGGCCGUGGUAGCGCCCUCACUGCCCUGGCUGGUGUUGGCUUUGCUGCCUUUGCUGACUGUGCUGCUGCUCUCCUUCCUCCCAGAGACUUUCCAAGAACCACUGCCUGAUGCUAUUGAACAGAUGGCCAAGCCACAAAGAUUGAUGUUCGGAUGCUGCUCUUCAUCCAAUGAAAAAGUCACCACUGUCGCUCCUGUUCCGGAGGUCCUCUGCACCACUCGCCUCUGA